UUCUUGUUCACGUUCCACACAGAAGCGAUGUCCUACACUAAACUGGUGUCCGUCGGAGGUCCGGGGCUCCUGGGGCUCCUGGGGCUGAGCAGCGGCCCGGUGCUGGCGGCCUCAGACGGGAAGAAGAAGCCCUCUCCCCCCGUCAUGAGGCUGGAGGAGUUGCCGUCUCUGUACACUCGCCCUGAAGAGGUCCAAUGCCCAGAGCCUGAGUCCAACGCAUUCGAGGAGAAAGUGUCUUUGCUCAGAAACUGGAUGGAGCCGUACUCCAACCAGUGCCAAAAAACAGGUCAAGCAGCGUUUGACAAAGUGGAGAGCGCCUACAAAAGAGUGGAGCCAACAAUAAACUCUUCAGUCACAGCCGUCACAGAUGUGUACCGGUUUUUGAGUGACCCGCCCUCAAACUUCUACCCCAGUGUGGCUGCAAUCGGCUUCUCUGGAUUCUUAGGACUUUACCUCGCCAAAGGUUCCAGACUGAAGCGUUUGGCGUUUCCUCUCGGCCUUGUGGCUCUGAGCUCCUCCAUGUUUUACCCACAACAGGCCGCUGCUCUGCUCAAGUUAAGUCGUGAUCAGGCCUGUGCCUUGUAUCAACAGAGCAAAGUUACUGUUGAACAAGUCUGGAAAGAUCCUCCCUUUACCAACAAAAAGUCUGAAGAUAAAGAGUCCAAGGGGAACGCCACGUCGAGUUGAGAUUUAAACAUUAUGAACAUCAAGUUUGUUUUUUCAGGAUUUGUCCAUGAACACAUCAUACCGACACAUCUCAACGUUACUUUUGUUUUUACAGUAUUCUGUCUCACUCCAAAACAGGUCACUGAAACAGGAAAGACCAUAAACAAGGCACCAAACAGCCAAAACAUGACUAUACCAUCACUGUGAGAAGGUCCAGCAUCUGGUUUAGUCCUGGUUUAAACCUGGUUCUUACAUGUUUUUUUUCCCAUCACUCCUGGUUAAGACCUGAUUUAUACUGCACUUAGAUGACACUUAGUCAUGCUUUAGACCUGGUUUAGGCCUGGUUUAGGCCUGGUUUAGACCUGGUUUAAACCUAGUUUAGACUUAGUUUAGACCUGGUUCAGACCUAGUUUAGACCUGGUUUAGACCUGGUUUAUUCCUGGUUUAGACCUGGUUUAGUUCUGGGUUGGUCCUGGUUUAUUCCUGGUGUAGACUGUGUAUUCUAUAAUGUUGUGGCUGGUUGGUGCAGGUUUUUGAGUUGUCUUAAAUGUAUUAAAGGUUUUUGCACUUUUAUUUUGAUGGGUCCAAGUACCUGCACAUUCCCUUUAAUUUACUGUGAAAUAAAGUGUCUAAUGAUGAUGAUAAUGUCUGUAAAUACUAAGUUUUAUUUUAAUUAAAGCUAAGCUAACU